UCAGGGCGUCCGUCAGUGCGUGUGUGACAUGGCUGCGAGACGCUCCGGCGACUACGCGUCCUCCCUCGCAAUGUAAUCGGCGUGUUUUUAAAAUCGACGCACUUGUGAAUGCACUUGGACAAUCACCCGGACCCACAUUUCGCUCUAUGACGAACGAAGUUGCCCCCAGACCAGCUGGAAUCGACGUUGAUCUACGCGUCGUCGAAGGCGAGCUGCUCUCGCAGGUGGAUUUCAGGUUGAACGGACCGGGUGAGCUACCGAUCGGCGGAUAUCGCGGGCAAGAGCAAACCGGAUACUGAAGAAUCAGUUCUUACCGAUUCGCCAGAAGGUAAAAACACCGGGAAACCAGACAGGAAGUAGUCAAGAAAUUCAGACAAGAACAAAGUACACUGUACGGUGUUCCUUACCAUCCACUUCGGACUCGUUCGAGAGGGAGAGUGGUUCACUAUAGCUUGGUGGAGACCACCUGUCAGACGAAGACCCAAAGAUCGCGUGGUGCAGAGUGUAGAAUUUUGUGGAAUAGUUUUACGGUUUGGGACUAGGCGUCGUGGUUUCAUGGUUCAUAGCUCGUCGAAAUAAGGAAGAAGUCGUCGAGGAGUUGGUCGAUCAUCUCGAGUUUCAACGAUUGAGACGAUUUAGCUGAUAAAUGAUGGAGUGAAUUUUCAAGAUCCUGGAAAGUCUGCAACGUAGAAGGGAAACACUAACAACUGUUGCUUCCGAUCUUGAGAUAGACUUUUUCAGAUGUAAGAUAUCGAAGAGCUAGAGUUUCAUUCCUGGCUUAAGAAAUGUGAUAUGGCUAGCAACGAUUAAAAGGCCAUCAUCGACAUGUGAGCAGCUAAAGUGGCAAACGAACGUAUACGUAUAUAACGAAAAUUAUUAGUUGAAAAAAAUUUACGAACGAAAUACGACUCAUCAUUCCCAGUGAGAAAAACAGCAUUCCUUGAAAAUAAAGAAAGAUAAAGAAAAGUUAAGAAAAUAUCACGAAAUUUCGAACAUUAAAAUUAUUAUCGGACGAUACCCAUGGUCUUUCGAUAUUUCCUACGUACAUUUGACGGAAAGACAACAGCGAUAAAAAAUUUUAAGAGAGGAUGAAAAAUUUAGUAAAACUUUAAAAUAAAUGCUCACAGAUCCAGGACCACUAUUGUAAAGCCAGUCGAAUUUAACUAGCUUCUUAAGAUAUCGUACAUAGUUAAGUUGUAAAACAAAGAGUUUCACGAACUCUCUAAAAACAGUUAGAAAAAAAUCACUUAUUUCACAUCUCCUCGACUAAGCUUUGAUGCUGGGACCACAAAAAAAAAUCGCCAUAAUUCUGAGAAUUGGGCAGAGGAUACCAAACAUCAAGCGUAAGAAAAUGGGUCGAAGAUGAUGCCAUAAAAAAAAAACAUUUGUUGGUACGAGCAAACGAUCAGUCACGAGGUCAUUAUACCGGCAUAAGUUCCAAAGUUGGGUACCCAACCGUACAAGUUGUUUAGUAAAAAGGAAGUCCUUGAGGUACCUAAUAAAGUGACGAUUGAUGUUCAGUAUAGUUAAACCGACAGUGAAGUGAACUUGUUAAAGAGGGGGAGGUACACCGACGAUGGAAUAUCGGUGAGGUCACCAGGUCAUCACAGAAUGCCUGAGCCGAGGGCGAAACGCUGCAAACACUGUGACGAGUCUAGCCACAGGUUGGACAGCGGCUCUCCCUUUUGGAGGAUACAGCUGGAUCAAGACCUCCUUGAUACCAUCAGUGCUAUCUAUCCCGAGUGGUUUAAGGAUUACACGAGCAGCAGGGCGAGCGCUCCGUCCUCGAGUAGCAGCAGCUCGUCGUCCCGACUGACAAACGGUACCGCUACGGUAGCUGGUAGCUCGGUUGCUCAUCAGCAGCAACCCCACAAACCCGUUAAAAGCGGUACCAAAACCAAAUCGAAAAGUAAAAAGGCGGAAGGGGUUAAAGAGAAGGAGAAAGAAACGAAGGGAGAAAGGAAGGAAAAACGCGACGCCAAAGAAGAGAGCAGAGACCGUUCCACGGUCGAAGGUGGAAAUAAUAAGAAGCAACAAAAACAGCAGCAGCAGCAGCAGCAGCAGCAACAAGAGAAAAUAUUGGAAGCAACGGUGGCAUCGGUGACAUCGGCACCAGGGAAAACAGGAACGUCGGCACUAGCCACGGGGAUGGCAGAGGGCAACCAAUCGCCGCCAAAGGCGGAGGUCGACGACUCCCCGCUUCAACACGCCAUGGACCGCAACAAGGAGUCGUUGAAGGUGAAGCUGAUGCUGAGGCGACCUAUAAACCAACUGGUCGCCCAGGGUAUCAUGCCGCCUCUGAAAACACCACCAGCUUUCCACGAGCAGCGAAAGCAGCUUGAACGCGCGAAAACCGGGGACCUUCUGAAGGCGAAGAUCCAGCAGAGGCCCGGUAGGGAGGAAUUGGUGAGGCAGCACAUCCUGGAGGAUGUUGGACACGUGGACCCGAGCCUCGCUGAGAGGCAGCGAAUGCUUAAGAAGGCGAGAUUGGCAGAUCAACUCAACGAUCAGCUCAGUCAUCGACCGGGUCCAUUGGAACUUAUACAGAAAAACAUCUUGCACACGGAGGAACCGAUCGAAAGGGCGGUCAAAGAGGGUCACAUACCCUUCAAAGCGACGUGUGAGGGUCAAGUGACGAAACCGCAACACCCGGAUCAUUAUAUUACCUUUGAAGAUGACUCGCAAAGUUCCGAAGGUGCACCAUCGCCGCAAAUCGACGCCCGCACCGACGUUCUAGAAACCGCAGCAGCUUCGGCGGGUAUCGUAACAGUUUCUUUGAGCAUCCCUACCACCGGUGGCGCGGUCGUUGUCACUUCAACAUCACCGGUAUUCCAGCAAGCUGCAGCUACCGAACCGACGAUACAAACUUUCGCUGAACUUUGUAACAGCGUCGUUGGUACCCAACAGCAACAGCAGCAGCAACAGCAGCAAAAACAACAGAUACAACAGCAACAACAAUUGCAACUUCAACUACAACAACAACAACAGCAACAACAACAACAACAACAACACAGUCAACAAGGACAACAGCAUGCGUCGACACAGGCGAGUCAAACGACGGUCCCAACUGCGACGCUUCUUCCCCUGGCGCCGGCGCCGAGUCCCAUGUCCUUGGGAUCCACGACCUCCAGUCUAAGUCCGCUUUCGAAUAUUUCGAUCGCAUCACCCCCAGCGCCUCCCCCUGCCGCUAUCACCCCGAGGCCCCAGCCUAGUCCCAUUGCGGUUUCAACCUGCCAAAGAAGUGACGCCCCCGGAAAAGAUAAAAACCGGAAAAAGUCAAAGACCAAAAGUCAGCCGAAGACCCGCACCAUCAAAUUUCACGAGUACAAGGGUCCACCCAACGCGCAAAAGUCUUCGGUGUCGUCUGCCGCUGCGGCGCUAAGUUCCGCUACGCCCGGCGAGACGAGCUACGAGCUGCUCCUACAACAGCAGCAGCUCUUCCUGCAGUGGCAGCUCGAAUGGCAGCACAAGUACCCGCAGAUCAUUCUGCCAGCCGCCCAGAAGCCGCUAUCACUGACAAGCAGUGGGGCCAGUGACGCAGGAAGCGUCAGCGGGGGAAGCGUUAACGCUCCAAGUCCCGCACCUUCCAAUUCCUCGACGAAUCCCUCGGAGCAGCCACCUCUCAGGCCCCUCGGAAAGUUGGAGGAUAUGAAAGUGAGCGACCUUAAAGUGGAGUUGAAGCGACGAAAUUUACCCGUGUCAGGAUCAAAACCCCAACUAAUCGAACGGUUAAAACCUUUCACCGAAUCCUCCAGCAUUAAUUCCUCCUCAAACUCUAACGGCCCACACGUUACGCAUAUGGGACAUAUACUGAUGGACACACCCGGUCCUAUGACCUCCGAUGAGUCAAGCUCGCAUGCGAAAAGUCCAGGAUCUCCUAUUAAGGAUGAACCGAAUAGUCCGAGGAUGGAUUCCCCACCCGGGAGCGAACAUGACGAUCCAUCGAGUCCACCAGGCGAUGAUAUAAUCAAAGAACAACGCAGGCGAAUCGAGGAACUUCAGCGAGAGCUGUAUAAGUCACAGCAGCAGCUGCAACAAAUCAGACAAACCCAACCAGCGGUUAGAGCUGAGAAACUGGUCCUUCAGCAACACAUACAAAAUAAAAUGCAGCAACAACAGCUCGCUCUGCACCUCCAACAGCUCCAACACCUCCAACAGCAACAGCAAAGUCAGCAGCAACAAAAUCAACAAAGCCAGCAACAAACCCAACAGCAACACGCAACCUUCCAACAGCUAAACGCUAAGGCGAGCUUAGCUGCCUUUCUACAAUCUCAACCUAACAACACUACCGCUAUUUUGGAUUCCGCCACUCUCACCGCGAUAAACAACAAAAAAAAUCAAGCGAAGAACAACGCGACCGUUCAAAUUCCGACCGCGAUCGUUUUAAAUUUGGCUAAACCUACGAAAUUGAAUGGAUCCCUGAUCGGCGCGUUAGUAGCACAAGCUCAGGCUCAAGCGCAGGCACAGCAACAGCAACAGCAACAACAAACUGUCAACUCUGAAGAGGGAAAACCACCCCCACCACAGUACGAUGAGGCUGCUAAAUUGCUCAAGGUGAAGAUCGAGCCCGUGCAAAAGAGUCAUAUAAAAAGUCAGGUCGUGGACGACGUACUGGAAAUCCUUAUAAAAAAUGGUGAGCUUCCGCCCAGCGCGGCACAGGAUCCAGCGACACCGACAACUCCAAAUCGGCAGUUGCCCCAAAACCUGGUAUUUACAGCCCCGGCUGACAGUCCGACGCAGUCGAUAGUCUUCACAGCAGCAAGUCCAAUUAGUCCAAUCAGCCCAAUAGCGAUGGAGGUGUCUCAGAGCAGUUGCCCCUCGCCACCUGCUCCGCCACCACCACCCCCUCCACCUCUACCCUUAGCAACCUUCUCGGUACAAUUGCCAACGACGCUGCAGCAGGAGGAGAUCCCCUCAUUUAGUGCUGAUCUUCUUUCAUCUGGAACAGAACUAACCACUGCAAUGCUGCUUAGCCCGCAGUCUGUGCACCAGGGAUCCCCAGACCCGCAGCCUCCACAGGAAGUUACCUCCUCGGAUAACGCCAAUCUGGAUCUGAAGGAGUUGGGUCUGGAUCUGGAAACUUUGGACACGAUGGACUUUGGCCCAUUAGAUUGCGAUCUGGGUGUUAAAAUAGAAACGCCACAGGAGCUUAUGGACAUUGGCGAUAUGCCCAUGGAUAUGGAUGACCCGGACUGGUUAGAUUCUUUGAUGCCGCAGUCACCCGUACCAAGCAUUCACCAACCAACACCACCUCCCGCCCAAUCUUCAGCUCCGGAUCUGUACGAUCCGUUGUUCGCCAAUAGUCAGGAUCCCUUCGAUCUCUUUAAUAUGGAAGAUUCCGACUUCAAGAUGUCCGCAGAUCUUUCGCUAACUUGGGAUAAGGGUGACUUUGCUACCUAGCAAGAAAUGUGCCUCUGGGAAUCGGCUUUGUGUACUUAAGUUAAGCAGUUAUAGAAGGCUGAAAAUCAUCCUGAUAUCUAGCGCGUUUCGCGAAGUUUUGUAAUAGAUGUAAUAAUAAAUCAAUUGAUCGCCUCCACUCGUCCGUAUUGCACGUCACGCGAUUACUAUAUUAUUUAAUUUCGUGAUCUCGCCUGAAAUGCAUUCUCGUCGAAAAUUCAAAUUAACCAUGAACGUGAAUUUUAUACGAUCGUAUUCUAUCCAACUGCUCUAAUGCAAUGAAUAAUUUUCCUACGGAGAAGACGAAUCACAAUUUUCGGUUAUUAACUUUCGAGAAUAUAUGUCUAGAGUGAACCUGAAAAUAAUCGGUACAAAAAAAUUAAAAAAAAAAAAAAAAACGAGUUUUCGCUGCAUCCGAGUGAUGAUGGACGGCGAAAUGACGGGUAAAUGAGUUACGAAGAUUGUACGUGAAAUGCGCUGAACAUACCUGAUUAAUUAGUGUGUAGCUUGAGCUGAAGUAACUUACGUGACGAGCUUAAGUGCGAGUUAUCAGUUUUAAGGAACGAGUACGAAUAUAGGUCCAUUUAUCAAUUAACGAGGUAUUUACGACCAGCUGAGCCUUACCUUAAAUUUUUAUCAACAUUGAGAUUGUGGUUUUCUACUUAAACAAAAGGUCUUGUAUUAGAAUUGUGUCUCUGAGUUGAGCAGAAUCGUGGAUAUCAUUUGUUCAUAAGGAGAAAAAAUGUAUAAAUUCAACUUAAAACUGAAUGAAACGCGAAGUGAAACUGUAACGAAAUAGCGAAUUCGAGAACAGUUCGCGCUGGAACUUUGAUAUAAACGUACGAAACGUUAUCAAUGAUUUCGGAAUUCUCCAAAGAGUCUUUUUACAAAAUUUUAACUAGCUCUAAUAUCCAGUUCUAUUCUAUCCUACGUCGUGUGUUGCUUGAGUUUUAACUGCGGAUAGCGUGUGUGCUAAAACUAUAUAAUGAUAUAGCGUCGUCUGAACUUUACCAUAAUCAUAAUAUAACCGCAUAAUAUACAAGAAUUAAUAUAAUGCUAUAAACUUAAGUAAAUAAUAUACAUAAUUCAUAUCUGUCUGUAGCAAAAGGCCGUCUACUCGAUACUUCAACAUUUUCCACGUUAGACUGAUAGCUUUUCAAUGGAUUGUAGGGCAUUUUUCGCUAUCGAAUUGAAUUAUACCUUUUACAAAAAGAUCUUGCAACAAUGCUUCAGUAAAAUUAAAAUAUCAGCCGAGAUUGAGCGAUGACUUUUCGCCACAGAUGUAUAUUGCUAAGCCAGAGCAUGUGAUGUUAGAAAAUACAUAUGUAUAUUGUAACCAAUUGUAACACCGUGUGAGAGUGCGACGCGGUGAUUUUAUCGUAUAUUGUCGUUUUGUGACAUUCCAUGUUUUCAAACUCAAACGAACGAGAGAGACGCGGUUUAAGCAAAAAGGCGUCACGACGCGAGAAAGUCAUACCGCGUCGCCUGUCUAGUGACCGAGCGAAUGAAAUUAUCGAAUGAAUGAUUGAUACUGAGUGAAUGGACGCGUAAUACUAUUGUCCGAAUGAUACCGAAUAUAUUUCAAGGUGAGUUAAGGUGCUACUAAAUACUAACUAAUUAAGCGCGCGAAUAGUCAACCGGUAGUUGACUAUUUGUGCAUCAUGAAUGUAUGAAAAAAAAAUAUAUAUGUAUAAACAUAAAUAUAUAUCAUAUGUAUAUUCAAAUAUCUUUUACAAAGAUAAUUGUAAACAGCAACGUAUUGUACGAAUGUACAAUCAUUAUUAUUAUUAUUACUUAUUAUAAUUAUUGAUGUUAUUAAUAUUAUUAAUAUCAAAAUUAUUGAUCUUAAUAACUUUGAUGUUAUCGAUAUUAUCAUUAUUAUUAUUAUUGUUAUCAUCAUUAUUCUUAUUAUUAUCAUUAAUAUUAUUAUUAUUUUUACGAUAAUUAUUAUUGAUAACCGUCGUUGUGGCUGAUGGCAGCUGAACCGAGCAAAUCUGCCGUUCAUAAAACGAGAUGAUAAAUUAAUUGAACAAGGGCGCCUUACCAAUUCAAUGGAUACUCUGAUCAAGCACAGCUCGUUGGGUGAAGCCUAACACAUUCUCAAUAUCAAAGAAACAGCCAAAAGCAACAUUCCAAACAUUCAUAUACAAUCAGCCCAGCGGCUUUGGGAGAAAAGGAACGCCAUGUUCUAGUUAGAGAGAGAAUUUGUGUAGUGAAUUUUUAGAUGAACCGAAAAUCGAAACAUUUAUCAAACGGAGCAAAUUUGGCGAGGAUAAUUUUCCUAACAGUCAACCCUAAAUUGAAUAUUUGUUGAACAAAUGUAGAAGAACACAAAAAAAAUCAUGAAAUCAAGGCAAAUUGUAAAUGGAACGUGGCAUUACUUUGAAACUCAUGAGUGCCAAAUCCACCCUUGCCACUAGAUCGACAUCGCUUCAUAUACAAUAACUCAUCAUCACACGUUGCCAUGACAAUAAGCGUUUAUUGUUCUGUAAAAAAUGUAAUAUAUAUAGAAUAUAUGUGAAAAUCGCAUAACAAUGCGCUAGGCGUAAUAUAAUUUUUUUCUAGACCUAAGCAUCAUGAAGCCAUUUGAAAUGGUUGGUAUGUAAUAUGAUUUAAGGAAAACGGAAACACAAAACAUUUAGAAAAACAAAAAAUAAAUACGAAUGUGAAAAAAUAAUACGAUAACACAAUACGAUAUGAAAUCGGCUAUUGCGUAGUACGAUUUUGCAUAUUAUCACGGAACAAACAAAAAAAAUUGUAAUUAUUUUAAGCGUAAUCAUUGAAAAAUUCAUCGAUGAUUUAUUUGUAAUCUACAAUUUGUUAGGCUGUGCGAAUCUGGUAGUCUGUUGUGAGAAGUGUGUUUUAAGAAAGAUAAAAAUAAAAAAACGUAAAAAAACAAAAAAAAUUGUUUUAAUAUAGCGUUUGAUGAAUUAUUAUCACUAUUAUUAUCAUUAUUACUAUCAUUAUUUUUAUUAUUAUCAUCAUCAUUAUGGCUACUUUCAUUGUAUGAUAUUUUGUAUGAGCAUGCGAGCAAAAAAAAUUUGGUUAAGCAAUAUUGAAAUUAUUGUAAUGAUAUUUUAAGUAACAACGUAUAAUAAUUGCUAGAGAGAGUGUUAUUUAUUUUUAUUUGUUGCAAAUUUAUCGAUUGCCUUCCAUUUGAGUAUACAUAAAAUAAAAGAAUAUUGGCUAAAAAUUA